AUGGCCCUUAAUCCAGAUCGGAAACCAGUAUUAGCCGUCGUGGGAGUCGGCCCUGGAAUUGGCGAUGCCGUCUCUUGCCACUUCGCGGCCCAGGGAUUCGCCGUCGCCUUGAUUGCUCGCACAGAAGACAAACUCCGACGCAUCCGGGACUCCAUCAUCGAAACCUACGGGCCCGGAUGCGCUCGCUACUACACGACGGAUGUCCGCAGCGAAGAAAAUGUAAUCCAUACAUUCACAUCUAUCAAGCAUGAACUUGGUCCGGUCCACGUUCUUGUCUAUAAUGCGGGCUCCAGACGAAUUCGCCCUCGCACUAUUCUCGAAACAUCUACGGAAGAGUUUGAAAGCUUCACAAGGAUCAACAUGUUUGGUGCCUUCUUUGUCGCCAAGUGCGUGUUGCCCGAUAUGCUUGCCGCUAAAGCCGGCACAAUUAUCUUCACGGGUGCCACCGGCUCCGUACGGGGCAGUACUGGGUUGAGCUCUUUCUCGCCGGGCAAGUUUGGGUUGCGCGCCUUGUCGCAGAUCAUCGCUCGCGAGUUUCAGAAUAAAGGUAUUCAUGCGGCUCAUGUCAUCGUCGAUGGCCCGGUGCAAAGCGAUGUCAUUGGAGGGUAUCUUCGGAAACGUUGGGAGAGAGAAGGUGAAUCGGAAAGGCUAGAGGAAAUGGAUCGGUAUUUGAUGCAGCCGGAGGAUAUUGCCAAGUUAUACUGGUAUUUACACACGCAGCCGAGGAGUACAUGGACACAGGAAUUGGAUGUACGGGCGGAGAUGGAGCCAAUGUUUUCAAAGCUCUAG